AAUAGCUCUGCUAUUAAAUAUUAUUUAGGAGAUACAAUGACCUGGUUUGAUGCUUUGAGAUAUUGCAGAGAGAAUCACACAGACCUGAUCAGUGGACCACAGCUGAACGAGCUGCAUAAUAAUCCCAAAGAGAAGAUAAUACAACUAUAUAAUGGGAAUAGUGAGAAUAACUUAAGCUCACUAUCACAUUUUCACCACAUUUUCAUCGGACUGUUCAGAGACGCUUGGACCUGGUCAGAUGGGAGCAGUUUCUCUUUCACAUACUGGAAUCUGAACUAUGACAGUGAAAGUAUAAAACAUGACUGCAGCAUUCGUAACAAGAACGGCAUGUGGGAAACCAAACCAUGUUCUGAGGAAAAACCCUUCUUCUGUUACACAGAUCAUGUGAUCCUGAUCAAAGAGAGCAGGACCUGGGAGGAGGCCUUAUACUACUGCAGACAUCACCACCAUGACCUGGUCACCAUCACUAACAUGGAUGAACAGAUCUGGGUCCAGGAGAAAACCAAGAAUGCCUCCUCUCCCUUUGUGUGGACUGGACUGCGCUACACCUGCACUCUGGGGUUCUGGUUCUGGGUCAGUGAUGAGGUGGUCCACUACAAGAACUGGGCCUCACCUGGACAGGGGAAUGAGUGUGACAUGUCAGGAGCCAUGGACACAGGAGGAGAACACAAGUGGUUCAAGAAACAUGAUGAGGAGAAGUUCAACUUUUUCUGUUCAAAGUAGAAAUCUGCUCAAUGAUUACAGGCUUUUUAUCAACUGAAAUUAUUGGUUUCAAAUUAAAUUUCUAUAUUUCUCAGAAAAAAAUUGUUUGUUUACAUUUGUAAACCUGCAUAUUAUAUUUUUUAGGUCAUGGUCGUGUUACAAAUUUUAAGUAUAUCUCCCAUCUAACCCUUGUGCUAUCCUAUGGGGUCCAGAUGGCCUGAUCAUUACA